AUGGCUGCCCUCAUUGCCAGCAUACGCCAUCAUUUUACUUGUUCUUCUCCUCCCCAACAUAUCCCAAACUGUUCUUUUUUCCAUGAUCAUGAUGUCCUUACAUUCCCUUGUUCUUCUACAUGCCAACAUAAAUGUCCAUCACCGCCGCCACCUGUUGAAACCGAAGAGAAGAUCAAGGAAAAACCAUCCCUCAAGGUACGGAAGCGGACCAAAGAAGAGAUAAUUAAGGAGACUACAAAAGAAAAUCGAGAAAAACAGCCUACGGUGAAGUCCAGGCUCCCUGAAAUAGACGAGGAAGAUCCAUCUUGGAGUGAUCUAAGUCUUUAUAUCACAGCACUUCAGCAUAGCCUAGUGAUAACUUGGACUUCUAUGAUCAGUCCCUACAUGCUAGCGGCGGUGAUGGGUGGUGGAAAUGUGGGGAAGGCCGAGGCAAUCCAGAGUUCGCUCUUUACAGCAGCCAUAAGCACAAUCUUGCAGUACAAAUGGGGUUCUCAGUUUCCUGUGAUGAUGAAAACAUCCGACAGCUUCAUAAGCACUGCCAUCUCCAUUGCUAUAUCAACUAACAAUAAAUAUAGUGCCACACUUCUUCCACGUCAGAGGUUUAAACUAUCCAUGAGACGCAUACAAGGAGCAAGUAUUAUUGCGUCCUUACUCCAAAUCAUCAUUGGUUUCUCUGGUGCGACGGUGCUCUUUGCAAGUCGUAUUGCUAUUGUCGCUUCUAUUCCUCUUGUUACUGUCACCGGAGUUGGGUUGUAUCAACGUGGAUUCCCUCAGUUGAAGAAGUGUAUUGAAAUUGGACUCCCAGCAAUAUUUAUUGUGAUUUUCUCAACCCAGGUGUUUUCCCGUUUUUGGAAAUCAGAAAAUAGCAUUGCUAGGCGAUUUGCAGUCACAUUAUCGGUGGCAUUUAUAUGGACUAUUUCAGAAAUUGUGACUGCUUCUGGCACAUUCGAUAAUGCUUCUCAAGAAAAACAAGCCAACUGUCGUACUGAUCGUUCUGGACUCAUUGCAGCUGCACCUUGGAUAAAUAUACAAUUGAUCCAUCCAUUUCAAUGGGGAAAUCCCACUUUUGAAGUUCGUGAUGCUUUUUUAAUGAUGGUCGCUUCUAUUGUUGCUACCAUAGAGUCUAUUGCUACAUUUUCUGCCGCAGCAAGACAUAGCAAAGACGUUCGUGCAUCCCCUCCUACACCCGAUCAUUCAACUGCUAAGAAGUGCGAUCAUGAAAAUUCUUAUCGCUCAAAAGGAUUAGAGAGUGCCCUGCCCAUUGUGCCUUUUGUACUGCGUAAUGCAAUCGGGUUUCAGGGAAUUGGAACUUUUAUUGAUGCAGUGUUUGGUAUGGGACUUGGCUCCAUUGCUUCAACCCUCUUCCUUGCGCGGCAUCGUGAUGUUGCCAAUGUUCCUUUCUCUAAAAGAUUGGAAGCUUUUACCUCCCCCUUGAGUAAUUGGCUUUCAAGCACCUCCAAGAAGCUGAAGUUAAACGUGGCAAGGAUUCUAGUUUCGAGAUCUAAUCUAAAGUUUAUUCACAAGAUUAUGGCAAUGAAAAUUGGCAGUAUCAAGUAUCAUAUCACCUUAAUUGAAACAGUGCAGCAAGGCAUUCCUCAUGAUCAUAUAACAUCUUUAACAGGAAAACUUGCGGUUAUUCUCGCUUCUAUACCCUUGCCAAUUGUUGCAGUUCUGUAUAUUGUAUUCUUUCCCUAUGUGGUUUCAACUGGCCUUGAAGAUAUCAAUUACUGCGAUUUGAAUAGAUUCAGGCCAAGGUUCAUUCUAGGGUUUGCUCUCUUUGCGGGUGUCUCCAUCAAUAACCACGACAGUGCAUAUGACGUAUUUUCUGGUCAACCCCUUCCUAAUAACUCCUCCUGGUUCAAUGACUUAUUGCAAGUGAUUGCCUCAUCCCCACCAACAAUUGCAAGUGUAUUAGCCAUCAUUUUUGACGUUUUGAUGGCUAAACCCUCCAUAGAAGAAGGGAAAAAGGCUGAAGAACCACCGAAGAAGCCAGACAAGGAGCCGAAAAUGGAUGCGGUGGAGGUGGUGCAAUUGAGACCUCUAGCAGAUGAUUUGAAGUCUUUAAUUGAUAAAAAUCAUUCAGCGGGUUCUCUCUUUGCGAAACUGUUCUCACAAAAACAUUGAUACACUUGAGUGUAUUCAUUAUUCAGUAUAUUAAUAAUUCACUUUUUUUUUUUGAAUGUUAAUAUUUCACUUUGUUAAAGAGUGAUUGUUGCGUGA